AUGUGUGCUUACGAGUUCAUUUCGGAGUCCUCCUCCGACGGCCUUGAAGAAGAGGAAGAGGAUGACGACGACGACAACGAUGCGGAUGAUGGCGACGAUGAGGAUGAAGAUGAUGACGACUAUGUCCAAGAGGUCGUACAGUCCUCCGGUGGCCCUCCGGUUCAGUCAAUAGACGAUGAGGACGACGAAGAAGACGAGGAAGACGCUGAAGGAGGCGAUGAUGAUGACGACGACAGCGAGGGAGAUGACAGCGAUGAAGCAGCAAAGCCAGAGAUAAAUGAUAGUGUCUAA